AUGGGAAAACGUAAACUGUUACUCAAAUUAACCAAGAAUCGGAUUGAAGUGAUAAGGAGGAAGAGAAGAGCUACGGAGAAGUUUCUCAAGAAAGAUGUAACUGAUCUUUUACACAGUGGUUUAGAUAUCAAUGCCUACGCAAGGGCGGAAGGACUGUUGGUUGAGUUGAAGUUGUCGUCUUGUUAUGGUUGUGGAGAAAUCUUGUGA